GUGCUACAAAGGAAAAGGACUCUAAAGGCUUGACGGCCACCUACUAGCACCGGCAAGGUUACACACCUAGUGUUAGGGUUUUUACUUUACGCUGCUCUCACAACACAACACAGCACAGCACAGACACAGCAUCCAUGGCAAAAGCCUCUGCUGGAACCGUCAAUCCACACGGCAGGACUGGAGUUCGUAUUGUUGUGGCCGGAGACCAGGGCACCGGAAAAUCAAGCCUCAUUAUUACAGCUGCCGCCGACAACUUCCCGGUGAAUGUGCCACCGGUGUUGCCUCCCACGAGGCUUCCUGAAGAUCUGUAUCCGGAUCGCGUGCCUAUCACAAUUAUUGACACCUCUUCCCGUCCUGAGGAUAGUGUUAAAGUUGCUGAAGAAUUGCAGCGGGCUGACACAGUUGUCCUCACUUAUGCAUGCGAUCGGCCUGAGACACUUGAAAAUCUGAGUAUAUUUUGGCUCCCACAUCUUCGCAAAUUAGAGGUAAAAGUUCCAGUUAUAGUGGUUGGCUGUAAGCUUGAUUUGAGAGAUGAAAAUCAGCAGGUGAGCCUAGAACAGGUGAUGUCCCCAAUAAUGCAACAGUUCCGAGAGAUUGAAACUUGCAUUGAGUGUUCAGCAUCUAGGCAUAUUCAGGUCCCUGAAGUUUUCUACUAUGCACAAAAGGCUGUUCUUCAUCCAACGGCUCCCUUAUUUGAUCAGGAGUCACAGACUCUAAAGCCUCGAUGUGUGCGGGCCUUGAAGCGGAUUUUUAUCCUCUGUGAUCAUGACAGAGAUGGUGCCCUGAGUGAUGCUGAGCUGAAUGAUUUUCAGGUUAAAUGUUUCAAUGCUCCUUUGCAACCAUCUGAAAUUGUGGGUGUAAAGAAGGUUGUACAAGAAAAAUUGCCUGAAGGUGUGAAUGAACGCGGACUUACUUUGACGGGAUUUCUUUUUCUUCAUGCCCUUUUCAUAGAAAAAGGGCGUCUUGAGACAACAUGGACUGUGCUCAGGAAGUUUGGAUAUAAUGAUGAUAUCAAGCUUGCUGAUGAUCUGAUUCCACCUUUGAAACGUGCUCCUGAUCAGAGUGUGGAGCUGACAAAUGAAGCACUUGAUUUUUUGAAGGCAAUCUUUGAUGCAUUUGAUGGUGAUGGUGAUGGGAUGUUGCGAUCCCGUGAACUUGAAGAAUUAUUUUCUACUGCCCCAGAAAGUCCUUGGACUGGAUCUCCAUAUGAGGAUGCUGCGGAAAAAAGUGCAUUUGGAGGACUAUCUCUUGAUGCAUUUUUGUCAGAGUGGGCACUUAUGACGCUUCUGAACCCAACUUUUAGUGUGGAGAAUCUGAUAUACAUUGGUUACCCUGGUGAUCCAUCAUCUGCUAUCCGUGUAACUAGGAAGCGACGUUUGGAUCGCAAGAAGCAACAUUCAGAAAGAAAUGUUUUGCAGUGCUUUGUUUUUGGGCCUCGGAAGGCUGGAAAAUCUGCAUUGUUGAAUUCUUUUAUUGCUGGGAAAUAUUCUGAAAGUUACAAUCCAACCACUGAGGAUCGUUAUGCAGUAAAUGUUGUUGAUAUUUCUAUGGAAAACAAAAAAUAUCUUGUACUGAGAGAGAUUCCUGAAGAUGGAGUUAGAAAGCUGCUGUCCAAUAAGGAGUCUUUGGCCUCAUGUGACAUCGCAGUUUUUGUUCAUGACAGGUCUGAUGAGUCCUCAUGGAAGACAUCAUCGGAACUCCUGGUAGAAAUCGCUGGUCAUGGAGAAGAUACUGGCUUUGAGGUGCCCUGCCUUAUAGUUGCAGCUAAAGAUGAUCUGGAUUCAUUUCCAAUGGCUAUACAAGAGUCAACUAGGGUUAGUCAAGAUAUGGGAGUCGAGGCUCCUAUACCAAUCAGUGUGAAAUUAGGGGAUUUCAACAGUCUAUUUCGCCGAGUUGUAACUGCUGCUGAGCACCCUCAUUUAAGCAUUCCAGAAACUGAAGCUGGAAGAAGCCGCAAGCAGUAUCACAGACUUAUAAAUCGUUCUCUUAUGUUUGUUUCAGUUGGGGCUGCGGUGGCCGUAGUUGGACUGGCAGCUUAUAGGGUAUAUUCUGCAAGGAAGAGUACCUCUGGUUAAAAGACGGUGGUUCUGUGAAUGGAGCAAGGUCUAUUACCUUAUAAUGGGUUAUACUGUCAGGUCCAGUUAAUUACUUAAUUACUGGAAUCUUGAAAAGAAUGAAAGCAUCUCCUCUGUAUUGAAGAUUACAUUUAAGAUUUUUAGCUGUGCGCGAAGUUGACCUAAAAUCGUAGAAAUAUUUAGCUUUUAAAAAGCUUCAUUUCCUUUAAAAAUAAAAUAAAAUAAAAUGGAAGCGUAUUA